AUGCUUGAUCUGGUCAAUUGCAAAGUGUUAUCCAUUGUCGAAUCCGAAGAUGUCGAUGCUUAUCUACUCUCUGAGUCGAGCAUGUUUGUCUUCCCCCACAAACUUAUCCUAAAGACAUGCGGUACAACCACCUUGCUUUGCGGUCUGCCACGGAUUCUCGAGAUCGCGGUCCUCUUUGGGGGCUUUCCACGUGUGACUGCUCCACCAUCCAACGGCAUCGCCGUUGCGGCCGCUCCAUACCGCGUUUUCUACAGUCGCAAGAACUACCUAUUCCCUGACCGCCAACGUGGACCCCAUCGCAGUUGGCGCGAUGAAGUGUACACUCUUGAUAAACUCUUUAUCGGGGGAAGCGCGUACAUGAUCGGCAAGAUGAACGGCGAGCAUUGGUAUCUGUACCUAACUGAGCCUUACACCAUGCUGACCCCACCAGCAAGCCCACAGAGCAUGGGCAGUCCAGGAACUGAGACCAAAGUAUUUGAUUUACCGUCGCCGCUGGUGGUCGACCGUGGCUCGAAGGUGUGCGAAGGUGAAGAUGAAACUCUCGAGAUCCUCAUGACUGAUUUGGACGAGGAGAAUGCUCGUCAAUUCUACCUCGACCAUGCGAGUGCGGUCGCAGAAGAUCAGUGGAGAGGAUCUCAAAGAGGGCGAGACGAUUACAUCGAUGUGUUCAGCAAUGCCUCAUCUGACGACAGCGAUGUUUCCAUCAAAGAAGAGGCCUUUCCUUCUGAACUCACCACCGAAGGGCAUGCCCUUGGGACUGUGGUGUCCGAGUCGUGCGGCCUGUCUGAUGUCUAUCCGGCAGACAAGUAUCCGGAUGCUCGAGUCGAUGCGUAUCUUUUUACUCCAUGCGGAUUUUCGGCCAAUGGCGUCAUACCGGCUCCCAACGGACAGAAAGGAACUCAUUACUUCACUGUUCAUGUGACUCCAGAACCAAUCUGCUCUUAUGCAUCAUUCGAGACGAAUGUGCCUUGCGGCCAGAAGGGUCGUGAGACAGCUGACAUCAUUCAGCAUGUCGUGGACAUCUUCAAGCCUGGCCGAUUUACUGUCACUCUUUUCGAAGCUACCUCUGCUCUCGAGGAAAAGGCCUAUGCUGACCAUGACGAGCUGGCUCAAAUCAGGAUCUUGGAGCGACAGGCUGCUCGUCGCAUUACCAAAAUGGAUGCCAUCAGAGGCUACCGUCGCGUCGAUCGUAUCGUUCACGACCUCGACGGUUACGACUUGGUCUUCCGAUACUAUGAGCGCUAUGACUGGAAAGGUGGCGCUCCGCGAAUUGGGGAGUAA